UCAGGAUGCGGGCUCCAGACAACAAACGCACGUCAUGGCAGAGCUGCCAGAGCAAAUAGCCAGAAGCAAGGACCACCGGGAGGCUGAGACAAUCCCUGCGAGGAGGAGCAGCACUACUCCGUAUGGCCCACGGUUAGUGUGCACCGAAACGAGCAAGACUAUCCAGGAUUAUUGGCCGCGGGCUUUGCUGGGCGUUGGAACGCCGAAAAGGACCGGCUCGCUGGGUCUAUGAGUGGGAACGGGUUUGGAGUAGAUACUAGACGGAGGACGCCAGACACGUUAGCGGCUUCCAAACCUCUUGGGUUGAUUUGGAAUUCUCCAUUAGGGCUUCGAUCCGGCGGGGGCGAUGGAGCCAAGAGGCGUUUGGCGUGAAGAAUCGAUGAGGCGGCAAAGCAGCAAAAGAAAAGACGACGUCGGACGUUGUUGAUCUGAAACUCGGCAGUUGUUCUGCCUAAAUUUCAUGGCAGCCAGAGCCGUUGCCACCACUUCUAUCCACACCUCUUGCUCAACCUCCUCUCUCGACCAGAACCAUUCCACAAUACACUCUCCCGAUCAUUACUACGUUUCUACCCUCAUCGAAGCUAACCACCAUUCAUCGCCGCCACUUACCCCGAUUGCAAACAGGAGACCCCCCCUUCCCCCUGCGGAUGAGCAUCUCGACGCUGUGCUACGUAUCCAAGAACCACGGCCUUUGGGUUCAGACCAAAGAUGUGUCUGGUCUGGCCCGCAGUCAGCCAGCCCCACGUUCCUUCGCACUGAUGGCCAUGGCCCAAAUGCAAACGCUGUUCAUGGCAACUCACGAUGUCAUCCACCCGGUGGCCUCCUGAAAAUAGAAAUCAUGCCAGCGAGUGCCGCGGCAUACGGAGUACUCCGUACAGAUCAACAACCUGAUCCUCGAUCCAGUCGACUGGUCCCUUCUCCGGGCCGAUCCCGCUGCGCCUUAAAUAUAGAUUUCUCUUUUUUUCAUCAUUAUUAUUAUUUUGGUACGACGGCCGCGCACCAUCGGCAUCCACUCCAUCUUCUGCAGGUGGCAUCUUGUCCUGCUUCGAGCACAAAAAUGUACGGAGUACGGAGUACGCCGUAGUCAUGGAGUACAGAGUACAUAGUACCUACAGGACGGGAUUGUCAUGAGGCGGCUCAUCCUGUUGCUUGCCACGAAAAUUGUCCGAAAGGGAUAUUUCCCGGGAGAGCUCGGC